UUAGAAUUGAACGUUUCUAUAUGAUUUAAGAGUAAGAAAAUACUUUUGGACAAAAAUUUUGCCACCACCACCAUAGUAAGUCGAACAGUUACAGUUAUGAGUCUAUAUAUGAAUACAAGAAGUUACGUGGCGUUGACCAUUCACCCAUAGAAAUCAGAGAAGAUGAUACCACGAAUUUUGGUCGCUUUGUUAAUAAUACUCGGUCAUAUAUUAAACGAAUCAUUUGCAUUGACGUUACCGGAAAUAACGUCAUACGCGAAAGUAUCGAGGAAUGGUGAAGAGACGAAAAGUACCGGAAACGGGCCAUUUUCAUGGAUCACAAGGGCACUCGUAAGAGCCAAUAAUUCUGGGAUUGUUGAAAAUGAAGGAAGAAAUGCAAAGGACGUUGUUAUUACUAUGUCACCUGUUUAUGUGCCAUCAAGAAUUUCAAAAUUAAAAAAUGGUGAAGUUAUAGAUCAUCCUUCGACGAAACGAUACUCAACUAUAGAUGAAGAAUUAUUGGCCAAAUUAGAUUCGACCAAAUCGAAAAGUAAAAUACAAGACAGAUUUCAUCCACCAGCAAGUUUCGAGCAUAAAGUUAAACAACAAAUAGUUUCAUCCGGUCCAACACCUAUGUCUUCAAUGUCAGCUGAUACGAAUCCAAAUAUUCCAUCAAGUUCGAGUAUUUCAGGAUAUUCAAGACCUAUAUACGCUGGCCCUUAUAGUAUCAAAACAAAUGAUUACAAUAAACCAAAGGAUUAUCUUAUGGAUAAACCAAUUUCAAAACCAAUUGGUAUAAAUAAUUAUCCGUCUAUUGUAACGGAUGAUAAACCGAUGGAUUUAUUUCCAAAUCAUCAAAACGAUGACACCAAUUUUCCUAAUUUUUCAUCGGAACCAUCUUACGAUGAUCAUGCUGCACCUAAACCAAUCGAAUUUGAUAGGCCAACAACUUUUGAUGAUAAUGAUGAUAACAAUGAUGAUGAUAAUGAUGAUACGUAUCCUCGGGAUCAUGAUCAUUAUCAUGAUCAUCAUCAGGAAAUAAUUUACGAUCAUAUACCGGAUUAUCAUAAUUAUCAUCAUCAUCAUCAUUAUACUACUACACCAGAACCUGAAAUGAAUGAUCAACGACUCGACAAAAGACCAUAUUCAUAUUAUUUCAUUGGGAAAAAACUUUGGUACAUUCCACUUUAUUUCAGUAUUUAUUUUAUCGUUUACAUAGCUGCGUUAGUUUUGAAAAGUAUUGCCAGACACAAAAUUACUUUUCCCUCACAUUUGGCAGAAGUUGCUGGACACGGUAGAAUGAAUAAUAAUGAAUCAUUUGAUUGGUGGGAUUUAACCAAUCGUGUUUUCAAUGGUGUCGAAGAUUUUUCCGAUAGAUUUGGAAAAGGAUCGUAAUAAUUACGAUUGAUUUCAUUUUAAAAAAAAUUAUCCCAUUCACCAUAGAUCACGACGAAUUUGCAUUCUUUGCAAUUAUUGUUGGUUUUUUUUUUUUUAUAUAAUGUGUCGUUAAUAUAUAUAUGGAUAUAUAUUUAUAAAUUAUUAUAAAAUAAGUCAGAAAAAAAGUAUUUAACGUUAAUACGAGGUAUAAUACUGAAUUGUAGAAAAAUUAUAUGUUUUAUAUACGUGUAAUAUAUUUAUGUAAAAAAAAAAACAUUGAAACUAUCGAUCAAUUAUGUCAUCGUGAGAAAUAU